UCAGCACUAUAGGUUUCUGUAUGUCUGAAAUGUCAUCUACGAAGCCUUUUGUUUUGAUAAGUGCAUUCGUGUCAAGCCAAUAUUGCAAUAGAUAUAGUGGCAGAUCUACCGGAAAUCCCCAAACAAAUUUGAAUGUUGGUGGUUGUGACGGCGCGAGCGUGGAAGAGAAGAAGCAGCCGGUAGAUAGGUUAAGUCCCGCUGAUACGAAGAUUUGUUUAAGAUUGUUUGUGCAAGGAUAUCCUGGAAACUUAAGCUGCAACAAUGUUUCUUAACUUCGGUAAAAAGAGCUCAAACAAGAAGCCAGCAACACCCGCGGGCUCACCUAAAACACCAUCGUCUCCCAACAUUAACUCUCCUGGAACUGGUGGAGCUGCUUCUAGAUCAACAGUUCAAACUAUUGCUGGACCAUUACUCUCUUCUUCCAGAUUUAAUACCGUUCUUGACGCAUCGACUUACGCAAACGUGAAUAGCCCAGGAUUUACUAGUCGAGUUGUUAAUUGUGCCACCAAUGGAAGUAGCUCUUCCUCGUACCGUGAGAACAGUGCCACCCAUCAGAGUAAAUACUCUUCUGUUGGUCUUUUCCCAAGAGUGCAAUUAGGACAGUCAAUUCUCCCUACACUAUCUCCACAUAACAGUCAAAAGGUCAGGACGCCGGUUAGAGUGAGAAUUGCUCCACCGUCUCUCAUUAGCCGCAGGCAAAAUUCUGUUUGUACACCUCCAGAAUCUAUCAAAGAGAAAAAUGAUACACCUAAGCUAUCUCCAUCAUCAAGCCUUCAAAAAUCAACUAAUGGGAGUUCUUCAAGAAAGAAUGAUCACAGCUGCUCUGUGAUAGAAAAUUUACAGGAAGCUUCUCGAAAACGAAUCUUUUCAGAGUGUCAAGAUGUCUCCGAUGAGUCAAAAAAGCGCAGAAGGAAGGCUGAGUUACCUAUCCCCAAUCCCAAUGACGACACAUACCAUUAUAGGCAUGUACGGGCUCCUGCAGUCCCUUCAAGACCCCCCCAGCCAGACAUUUCUUCUCAGGGCAAGAGAGCUCGUGAGAAGGGGUCUCCCGAGGAACAGAAACGUCAGCGACGUAAAGUGUGUAAUACAAAUAAUGCUAUCUUCAGUUCUCUUAGCUCUAGUAGAAAUUUGUUGGAACGUAUAACUGCUCAGAAGAGGAAGUCAGUUGACAGCUCAAGAUCUAGUAGUCCACUAACUCCCCUGAGUGCAAAGCAAGUGAAGGACAGGAAAACUGCUUCAAAUGCCAAAUCGACACAAUGUAACUUGGAUAAUCUACCACCGCAGGAGAAGUUUUCAGGAGAGACACAUCAGGCAGAUGGUACGCCUGUCUCCUCCAAGGGAAUUUUAAAGAGAGUCAGUUUCCAAGUGAAGGAGACUACCACUGUUUCACAAGAAAAGUCCCAGGAUAAUGCAGCUCCAGAUUAUACUACUAAACUUUUUCGUAAGGAAGUUUCCUCGCAUACACCAAGAACUCCAUCUUCAAAGACCCCAAAACAGAGCUUGUGGGUUCAACCAUCAGAGGCAGAUGAAUUAAACUCCUUCCUCAAUGAUGAUUCUAAACUGCAUAGGCCUGAACGAUUGAAAAGCUUAUUGGCUCGUGUCAGUGGCAAAGAUAACAGACAAGAAAAUAAAACUCCUCUCACAGCUACUUCUACAGGCGCUGCUGUUGCUACUCUACCUGUAAGCACAGGCCCUAAACAAUUUUCUCCGUCAGGAGGUCUGUCUUCAGGAUCUUCAGCUCUUACUGUGACUGUUUCCUCCACAUGCACCAUAAUGACUUCGGCUACCGUCACCUCAGUGAAUGGUAUUCCUUCAUCUGAAAGUGGCAGCUCCCCUCGCCCACUAGUUUCUGCCUCCUUGUCCUCAACAGCCCUGCUUCCAAUCUCUCAACCAGCUGUCUCCCUUGAGUCUGUGGAAACUGCAGUGAAAGCACCUCCUCCAUCCUCUAUUGUUCCACCAGCAACACAGGUGACCUCCCAAUCGCUUGUUCAAGGGCAAGUGGUGUCCUUGUCAACACCCCUGUUCACCUCCUCUAGCCCUGCCCAGCCAACGGCUUCUACUGGUAUUGGACUAGGCACCACAACUUCCAGUGUGCCCAAGGAUGUGACUCCAUCAUCUAAUGUGUUCAGCAUCAAGGCUUCCACAACAAGUAGUGAAACCCUACAAAUGGGAACAGCCAUAAUUGGUACAGCUGCUACCAAACCAACGUUCCAGUUUGGGUCAAGUACCCAAGCCUCUCAAGCAGCUUCUCCUUUGAGCACAGUUGCACCACCAUCAUUAACAAAUUCAGCUUUCAAGUUUGCAUCAGGGACAUCAAAUCUUGCCGCCACUCCGGUGCCGACAUUUGGUGCAAGCUCAACUGCCGCUAAACCAAUAGUUUCAUUUGGGUCUUCUGGGGAUCCAAAGCCAGCUUUCCAACUUGACACAAGUGCCAGUGCUGUCAAAUCAACUGGUAGUGACCCUGCCACACCAGCCAAACCUACCUUCUCCUUUGGUUCAAGUGCUGGUAUGUCCUCAGGGGUGCCCACAACAGCCUUUCAACUCGGACAGGGCCUUUCUGAAACAUCUAAACCAGCAUUCCAAUUUGGAUCAAGUCUUGCAAAUAAUACUUCUACAUCUACAACAGUUCAGCAGGGGUCCACUGGAAUUGGCACUAAUGCAUCUGCUCAAGCUACAAAAUCAGCCUUUCAAUUCGGAUCUAGUGCCACUACAUCCCCCACACCAGCAUUUCAACUUGGCGGUGCUAGUGGACUGCCUGCAGCACCAAGCGCCUCAUUCCAGUUUGGAUCAUCUUCAACAAAUCAAGGCCCUCCUUCUGAAGCUCCAAAGUCAGCCUUUCAGUUUACCUCAAGCAAACCAAGCAAUAAUGGUUCUUCAGAUGCUCAGAAACCAAACUUCUCAUUUGGAUCCAGCUCUGGUGCCUCCAAGCCAAAUUUGCAGUUCGGAUCAAAUAACACCAGCUCUUUGGAAGUCACCAAAUCAACCCCAUCCUUUGGUAGCAGUAAUAGUCUGACAACACCUGCCAAACCCACAUUCCAAUUUGGAGGUGGGAGCAAUGGUCCCGCUGCAACUGCACCUGCAAACUCUGCUUUCCAGUUCAGUUCAGUCAACUCAUCCGAUCAAGCUAAACCAGCGUUUGGCUUUGGGUCAAGUGUUAGCAAACCAACUGAUUUAUCUAGGCCUGCUUUUGGUUCAACAGUGCAGAGCCCUACUUCAGCGUUUGGACAAGCUGCCCCUCAACAAACCAAGCCUGCCUUUGCCUUUGGCUCGCCUGCCAAUCAGAACACAAAUGGACCAAAUGAGAAUAAGAGUGCGUUUUCCUUCAGUUCACCCACUAAUAAUAAGGGUGCCUUUUCUUUUGGUGCCUCAACUAAUUCAAGCACCAAUGGAUCAACUGACAACAAGAGCGCAUUUUCAUUUGGCUCUUCAAAUCCAAGCAUGAGUAGACCAGCUGACAAUAAAAGCUCAUUUUCUUUUGGUGCCUCUUCAAAUGCAAGCACCAACGGACCUUCUGACAAUAAAGGGGCCUUUUCGUUCAGCACAUCUGCCAACCAAAGUACUAAUGGGUCUGCUGACUCCAAGGGGGCCUUUUCAUUUGGUUCGUCUGGACCUACCUUUGGUUCAGGAACGCCCAACUCCUCAUUUGGCUCAGGUCCCUCCUCCUCAGCAUUUGGAGCACCUGCAUCCAAUACGCCAUCUGCAUUGCCAUCCUUUGGAUCCAUUUCGGAGUCCAAGACCAAUGGCUUUGGGUCAACGCCAAGCUUCGGCAGCACAGGGAGCAGCUCCUUUUCAUUCGCCUCAAAUUCUUCUACCAGCAAUGGAAAUUCUGGUAGUGCUUUCGCAUUUGGUGGAGGUUCAUCAGGAAACACCAAUGGGGCAUUCUCAUUCGGACAGAAGCAAGACCAAGCCUCUUCAGGAUUCAGCUUCAAUGCCACAGUGACUGCUGUUCCCAAUUCUGCUCAAGCUACUCAAGCCCCUGGUUUGUUUAGUAUUGGCGCUGGUGCCUCAACUACACAAAGAAGAGUCAGAGAUGCACGUCGGAGAAGAUAACUCGCCCUGCUGCAUGCCGUGUUAAUGUUCCCAUAUGUUGUUGUAUUUUAUGAAUGUAUCUUUUAAUAGACAUUUGUUUUUUGAA